UGCUUACCGUUCAGGUUUCUCUCGGAGGAUGACUGAAAGUGACGCAGGGCACACGGUAGCAUCUGGGUCUGGAGUGGAAGCAAAGGAUGCUGGAGAAACCCUAACUUCGUUUAUAUCACAGAUGCAAAGCCGCUGCACGAGCUGCCGAGCCGCGCGGACGACACGUGACUUACCUGGCUGCAGGAUCACCUGCGAUAUUAAAUAAAGAGGGAAUCAUCGGAUCAUCCUCCGGGCGGAUUCGUUUGGAUGUAUGCCCAGGGAUCACUGACCCCCGUCUCCACACAUGGGAGAGUAGAUUAAUUAUUGCUUUUUACAGAAAAUCCCGCUCUGAGUUGUAAUUAGGAUAUUUGGAGCCGCAUUUGCUUCCAUCCGUUCUGCAAAUCUCCACCAUGAACUACCUACGUCGACGGCUCUCGGACAGCAAUUUCAUGUCCAACCUCCCCAAUGGUUACAUGGGCGACCUCCAACGCCCCGACCCGCCGCAGCAAAGCCCCGCAGUGUCGCCCGGGCCGGCGGAGCGGCGGCAGUCCACCGGCCCGCAGCCUCAGCCGCAUCCGCAGCAGCAGCAGCAGCAGCAGCCGCAGCAGCAGCAGUCCGCAGGUGCGGGCUCCAGCUUUUUCUCCUCCAUAUCCAAUGCUGUCAAGCAGACCACCGCCGCUGCGGCUGCCACCCUCUCCGAGGCGGCGGACCGAGCGGGCGGCUUCAGCAACGCCAAGAUCCUCCUGGUUAUCGACGACCAGCAGACUGACUGGGUGAAGAUCUUCAGAGGAAGAAAAGUCCAUGGGGAAUUUGACAUUAAAGUGGAACAGGCAGAGUUCUCUGAAAUCAACUUGGUGGUCAACGCCACAGGAAGCUUCAAUGUGGACCUUGAUGCAAUCCGCAAUGGCCACAAGGUUACAAAAUCCUUUAAGCCAGACUUCGUGCUGAUUAGACAGCACGCCUUCAGCAUGGACAAAAACGGAGACCACCGCAACAUGGUGAUCGGACUUCAGUACGCGGGGGUUCAGAGCGUGAACUCUCUGCACUCCGUCUACAAUUUCUGCGAUAAGCCAUGGGUGUUUGCUCAGAUGUCAAGACUCCACAAGCAGCUGGGUCCAGAGGAGUUCCCACUGAUCGAGCAGGUUUACUAUCCCAACCACAAAGAGAUGAUAACCUCCCCUCGGUUCCCUGUUGUGGUCAAGAUGGGCCAUGCUCACUCUGGAAUGGGAAAGGUCAAAGUGGACAAUCAGUAUGACUUUCAAGAUAUUGCCAGUGUCGUGGCACUGACCAAGACCUAUGCGACAUCGGAGCCUUUUAUUGAUGCAAAAUACGACGUUCGCAUUCAGAAGAUCGGUAACAAUUACAAGGCCUACAUGAGGACGUCUGUUUCUGGGAACUGGAAAACUAACACUGGCUCGUCCAUGUUGGAGCAGGUGGCCAUGUCAGACAAGUACAGGAUGUGGGUGGAUUCUUGUGCAGAGAUCUUUGGCGGAUUAGAUAUUUGUGCAGUGGAGGCUCUUCAUGGUAAAGAUGGGAGAGAUUACAUUAUAGAGGUGGACGAUUGCUCGAUGCCGCUCAUUGGGGACCAACAGGAUGAAGAUCGGGUUCAGAUCGCAGACCUUGUGCUUAGUAAAAUGAACCAGACUGUUCCGCGCACUUCUAGUUCUUCGGCAGUCCGGGGAUCAGCAGGACAGCAAACACAGAAAGCGGUUUCUCCUCAACCUGUCUCACAGCCUAAAGUACCACAGGCUUCAGAGCGCCCCUCACCUCAAGGUGGUCCUCAGCAGAGUCCUCCCUCCCAGCAGCGCCCUCAGCCUCAGGGCCAGCCUCCAGCACAGGCCAAGCAAUCAGGUGCCAGCUCGUCUACUGCUGACCCCAGCACACAGGCCAAAGCAGCUGCAGCUCAGCAACGGCCAGCAGGUCAGGGCGCUCCUCAAAGAAGCCAGGGAGGUUCUCCUCAGGCCCAGAGGCAACAGUCUGCAUCCCAGCAACAGAAACCUCCUGCAGGAAGCCCUGGCCAGAAGCCUGUCGGUGCACAAUCGCAGCCACAGAAACCUGGUCCAGUGCCUAGACAGCAAUCACAAGGCGGGUCGGCGCCGCCGAGGGCUCCUGGCCCACAAGGUCGCCCAGGCGGACCCACCACCCAGCAACCACGACCUGCUGCUCAGGGCCAGGGUGGCCCAGGAGGGCGCCCCCCUAUUCAGCAGAAGCCUCAUCCUCCACAGAAACCCAAUCAGGAGAGCGCCUCACCACAACUAAACAAGUCCCAGUCUCUUACCAAUACCUUCAACCUUCCAGAAACCCCAGCGCCACGAGCCAGCCUUAGCCAGGACGAGGUGAAGGCUGAAACCAUACGCAAUCUACGCAAAUCUUUUGCCAGUCUCUUCUCAGACUGAGACGGCAAAAGCCCCAUCCCCCAACCCACCCAAUUCCUUCCUGCUUCGGACGCGAGAGGCAGGCUGUAGAAGCGACAACCUUCCACCCCUCAAUGAGCAAGGACCAACAGGAUCACCAGUUUUUGUGAAAAAAAAACCAUACAGACUUGUCAUAUUACUGCCCAAACUGUUCAGAUCUGUCUGAAUGAACAAAACGGUUGAACCCAGCCAUGUUUGAAACAUUUCUUGCCUUGACGUAAGCGAGUCAUCCACUCGAAAGCUUGUAUAUGCAUGCGACACAUACACGAAAAAACACAGCGUCUCGUUUGUUGGUAGUGUGAAGUCAUUGUAGUGUGUAUAGUUAAAUAGGGAAAGGAGUGUGCAAAAAUUAUUUGAGAUGGGGGAGGGUUGCCCAAAAUUAUUUUCUGAUUGUUUAGACAGCUCCUAGAGCUGAUAGCUUUCGUUGCCACAUGUCCUUUGUGGACUUCUGUAGCUUAACUUGAACUUUGAGUUGGAGCAAGCGUACUCUAGAAAAGAUAUAAAACACCCCUCUUCCUCCUUUAAAUAAAUUUGUACAGCGCCUAAAUCACUUCGGCUGCACACGUAGAAUAGCUCUCGUAGGCAAAUGUUCGAGCGCUCACUGUGGUGUCUUGGCUGCAUGUCAACAGUCGUUGGGGCAAGAUGUUGCGAUUUCCAACCGCUUGUAACCGUGUCGUCACAUGUAGGUGAAGUAGUUAGUAAACUAGCCAUGUACUGUAGGUGUCGUGAGCGUGUCACAGCUCCCACUUUUUUCUUCCAUAUUUUUUUCUGCACAAUAAAAAAAAAAAAAAAAGCCGAACAGCGCGCCUUACACAGACAAGAGCGUCAAAUCAAGUGGAGGUGUCUCAGGGAUGUCCAGUUGAUUGUGACACUUGUGUGUGGAUGAGGGGUCUUCCAUGACAGUCAUAAUGUGGAGUUUACAGGUGACAGAAGGACAUGCGUGCAUUUCCAUGUGCUAGAAUGUUCUGCAACUUCAAUUACAUUUGCACAACAAAGUUAUACUUGAAUACACAGACUAAUGCAUGAAGUCGACAUUUUCAGGUUUCCUCAUCUGCCACCUGACCAAGCGACAGCUUCCUGCUUGCACUCUGAUGCACUGUUGUGUCAGGCGUGACAGGGGGUGGCAACUGUUCAGGUACAGGUAUUAGACGAUUAGAUAGUUUCAUUUCAUUGUUAGUUAUUUGAUAAGCAAUUAAAUAAACAGCCAAUUUUUGCAAACCAGCAAGUGAAUUUAUCCGACGUGCAAGAUUCAGUGAGGUUUUGCACGUCUGAACACCUCUUUGGUUUGAACAAUUUAGCAGAUUUCUGCUUCCAUUUCCUGUAUGCUUUCUGCUGUACGAUGGAAGUGUGACCCAUAAUAAGAGGCCGUACUCCAAAGCAUACACAGCCAAGGAAUAUGCAUUUGUGAAACUCAUCUAAACAAAUGAAAAUUACAAAAAAAUCUAGAAAUUGUAGAAAAUGAACUGUUUGUAGUAGUUCUAGCUCUUACCACCACCACCUUCCAUGUCCUGCACUGACAAAGCUUCUUUUAUCACUAAAAAUCCAACAGUUCCAGCUCCAGAUGCUAAAAAUGUCUUCCAGAAGGAGCGCAUAAACAUUUGUAUGCUAAUGUAGGACGGCAAUACCCUGCCUUUUAGCAAAGACUGAACGGUCAAAACAAUGUCCUGAUUUCCCUGCAGAUUCUCCAUGCUGUCUGUUCCUAUCAGUCUGUUUUGUGGAACCUCAGUGCUCAAUGGUGCGUUUGAAUGUUGUUCUGUGACUGGUCAAACCAAAUGAAUAUGCUGUACAGAGCUGCGAGUGAUGCAAGCUGUCACCCUUCUCUCUUUUUGCUGCUAUUUGUGCUUGCUGAAACUAGAUGUGUCUCUUAAAGAUUUGACGUUUUAAUUCAGAAACCUGUGGACUGUUCCAUUAUUUGUUUUGGCACCGCUCUAUCUCUCUGUACACGGCGUCACUCUCCAGAGCUUGUAAGUUUAUGCACUGAUGAUUCUGGCCUUUGUUUUCUGAUUUUACAACAACUCCAUGUCAGCACAGACAUGUAUGAUUUAUUACAACUCCUGUCGAGAGAAUCAGCAAGAGGAGUGUUUGGUACACUGAGUGCGUAAUUUAUGAAAAUGAGCUAUUUUAUUUAGCACAGAUGGUUAACUUUGAAAAAAGAUAGUCAUUCUGCCACUCAGAGGCCUCUUGGCCACAGCAGUACACAAUAAUUCAAGAAACUGGUGCAAAGAAGCAGCUUUGCAUUUAUGUUUUUUUCUCAAUUAACAGAUUUUUUCUUUUUGAUUUUCUUUUGAGGUUUUCAUACUUUUCGGUGGAUAUAUUUGACUGUGAAUGUACUUUUUUGUGUCUUACAGCUAGUUUCUAUGGUUUUCUAAUUGCACUAAUCAAGGUGAAGAAACAAAAUCAUCCCACAUUUGUGAAUGGGUGGAAAGCCGACCAUCUGUUAAUGCCUGCCAGAGUUAAAAAUGUAAAACAUAAAUAUGUAUGUGCAAAAUGUGAGGUUUUUGUUAACCAAAAAGAAGACCAUGCGUAAUGUAAAACAUGGUGGAUUAUUUCGUUUCAUGUAAAAACAAUAGAUGUUAUAUGCAAUGUAGCUAUAUAAUGUGAAAAUUAAAAUAUGCAUAUGUUCAAUAAAGUCUAUGAUCAACAGCA